AUGAGAGUUGCAUCUAUCCUGGGCUGUGUCGCUUUGGUUGCUGGCGCUGCUAUUCCCGGUGAGAGUACGAUCAAUGAGCGCGCCAGUGAAACUAUUGAGAAGCGUGCUUCAGGCACGGCCACUGUGAACUUGGCAGUAACACAAGGCACUCCUCAGAAUCUGGGCGAUGGUUUCAUCUAUGGGUUUCCCGACAACGCUGAUGGAUCCGCCAACACGGCUAUUCCGAAUGAACUCCGCGCUGGUUCUGGCUUCAACUACUGCCGUGCCGGAGGCGCUCAGCUGCCCUCGCCGAGUCUCGGAUACGCCAAUGGCCAGCUGCAGGGUCGUUUAAUGUCGUUCCUUUCCAACUACCGGACAUGCCGCGCUUCUGGCGCUCGUUUCCAGUUGCUCGUUCACGAUCUCUGGGGAGCGGACAGUGUUCAAAGCUCAACCUUCAAGUACCCCGGUGAUGGCGGCAGCUGGGCCGCCUUGGACGACUUCCUGACGCAGGUCAUUGCCUUUAUCAAGAACAACAACAUGCAGGCCGGACUGGAGCUUGACCUCUGGAACGAACCUGACUCGACUCUUUUCUGGAAUGCCGAUUACCAGCAGUACCUCAACACCUGGACACGCAUGUCGGAGCUGUCGUCUCUUCCUGUCACUGGACCAUCCAUUUCUGUUCCUCCCACCACCGGCAACACUUUCUGGACUCGAUGGUUGGACCACGUCAAGUCGACCAACACUGUUCCUGAUCUCUACUCCUAUCACCUCCUCAGCCUUGAUUUCACCGUCAGCGGCUCCCAAGACACAUUCAAGUCCAUGCUCAGCUCCCGCAGCAUCCCUUACAAGAAGGUCAUUGUCAACGAGUACGGCGCAACGGCGGGAGGCGACCAGACCAACGCAGGUAGCGUGUGGUACCUGGCCAACUUCGAGAGACAAAAUAUUGGAGGCCUGCGAGCUCAUUGGGGGAUGGGCGAAAACAAUCUUCACAACGGCAUGGCUGGCCUGGUCAACUUUUCAGGAUCCAACUACUUCCGUGCGGCGCAGUGGUGGGUGUACAACUACUAUUCCAAAUCCAUGACGGGGAACCGCGUGGCUACUACCUCCUCAGGAGACGGAGUCUUUGAAGUCUACGCCACGCGAGGGAGCUCUAAGGAUUCUGUCAAGCUUCUUACUGGCCUGAGACCUACGUUUGGAGUCCGGACCUACGACGUGACGGUCAAGGGUCUGAGUGCCGUUGGCAUCUCCGGUGGCACUGUCAAAAUUCGCACGAAGCGAUUCAACCACGUUGAAUGGAAUUUGGAGGGACCUGCUCCAACCGACCUGGGUGUUGUUGAACAUACCGUAUCCAACGAUCAGAUUACUUUCUUUGUUACUCCGGACAACCAGUACACAGCCUACGCAUUUGAGUUUGUCAACUAA